AUGCUUCGCAAGAAACCAGUGAUUGUGAGACAAGUCUUUGCGGAUGGGUUGCAGUACGAGUUCGAGUUGAUUAGGAGUGCAGUUCUUAUGUAUCGUUUUGUCUCGAUGGAUACUGAAUUCCCUGGUACUAUCUUUAAACCCAGUAAGCAAAUCAUCCAAGAAGGUGACCCGGCUAUCAACUACGAACUCAGGGGUAACUUACCGGAUUUCGGUACUGGGUUUUGCUAUGUUAUGGAGUUUAAUUUCUCAAACUUUGAUGUUGAUGAGGAUAACUGUGAUUUGGAGUCGAUUGAAUUAUUGAAGCGACAAGAUACCGACUUUGUGAAGAAUAGAGAAAAGGGUAUCACUUCUAGUGAUUUUGCGAUACUGAUGUGUGUUAGCAUAAUGAGUUAG